AUGUCCUCUCUCGACACCCUCUCCAGCGACCUCGAGAGUAGCCUGAGUCUGCUGGGCCGCGCGCGCCAUGCCGUGGCCGCCUGGCGCUUUGUGGAGUUCUUCGACGGCGACUCCGGCAGCCCGGAGCACAUGCCGAAACUCCGGAAUGCGGCGGAGUUUGCCUCGCGGCUGUGGGCCGCAAUCGAGGCAUCCGACGUGCUGCCCAAUGUCCUGGACGCCGAGCCGCUGGAAAGCUGGGGCACCACGGACCUGCUGCUGCUCCUGACGCCGGCCAUCGCCGCGGACCUGUGGAUGCAGUACUACCCGCCGAUGAAGGCCUCCUCCUCGGCGGAGGACGAGGCGGCCAGCCAGUCGCAAGCCGAGGGAUCGGGCACGCGCCCGGUCCCGGCCAUGCUGGAGAAUGUGGGCGCGCGGCUGGCGGCCAUGGCCGCCUGCCUGCGGCACUUGAACUACUUUGUCGAGCGCAUUGAAACCCUGCAGGGCAGCGAAUUGGCGGAGGCCCUGGCCGAGGCCGGCGUCGAGGAUGAGGCCACCGGCGAUGGGUGUCUCCUGUCGCCGCGGGCCCUGGGCACGUACAUGCGCACGGUGCGCGAGGUGCAGGCCGCCGGCCGGCGGCUGACCGACGCGGUGGCCGCCUCGCCGGCCGGCGCGUGUCUCGACUUCCCGGUGGCCCUGCCGAAUGUCUUCGAUGUGGAGGCGGCCUCGGGGGAUGGCCCGGCCCCGGGGGCAGUUGCCCUGGCGGCCGGUCUGCCGGCCGGGGCCGGCCCCGGGUCGCCGGCCAUGGCGGCCGCCGAGGAGGAGCGCCGCCGGCGGAUUGCCCUGUACAAGCGGAACAAGGCCCUGACCGGGCGCAUCGAGCAGCUGGCCGGCAUGCUGUUCCCGAGUGCCGGGGCGGAGCGCGCGGCCGCGGCCACGGUGGCCGGGGGCGCGGGGGCGGCCAACGCCGCGGCCGCCGCGGCCGCCGCGGCCGCCGCCCAUGUGGGCGCCGGCGACGAUGCCGAGGAUGUCCUCGGCCAGGAUGCCGACGAGUCGACGCUCCGGUCGUUCCUGCUGGCUACAUUGGCGCUGCUGGCGCCGCGGGCUCUGGCGCACGCGCGCGCCGUGGCCGACGAGCUGCCGAUGCUGACCUCGCGCGCGGUGCACGCGGCCACCGGGGUGGACCCGCGGGUGGCGGCUGCCGCGCGGGCCCCGCCGCUGCGCACCCCGGUCCGCCUGAUGCCGGACAAUCCCCACCGGCGGGCCGCCCUGCAGGAGCAGGUCUUCCGCCCGGGGCACCGCCUGCCGACCAUGACCAUCUCCGAGUACCUGGAUCGCGAGGCCCAGCGCGGGGGCCACAUCUCCGGUGGCGGCCCGGAGGGGGAUGCCCGUGCGGCGCGCGAGGCCGAGGAGAAGCUCCAGCUCGAGGGGACCGAUGCCUACGAGGAUGCGGCCCGGCUGAAGGCCAUCGAAAGCGACAAGUUCACCGACUACAACAAGCGCGGCUCCGGCAACACCUACAACCGGAGCUAG